ACUAAUCAAUGCAAUUCUACCUCAAAAAAAUACUUCUUUCAAUUAUCUAAGAGAAAAACAUGGAAAAGGAAAUGUGUGAUAUUUCUGUUGAGAAGAGGCUUAGGCUAUUUGGUUUUGAGCUAAAUCCAACAAAGAAUAAUAAUGAAGGAGUUGCCAAAGAGUCUAAUGAAGGAGAUGAAAGUGUGAAUUCCUCUAACUCAAUUUCAUCUGGAGGAGAUAAAAUUGUCCAAGAAAAAAAUUCAUCUAAAGACCAAGAUGAGAGAAAAUUUGAGUGUCAAUAUUGUUUCAAAGAAUUUGCAAAUUCACAAGCAUUAGGAGGCCAUCAAAAUGCACACAAGAAAGAAAGAUUGAAGAAAAAAAGAUUGCAACUUCAAGCUAGGAAAGCUAGCAUAAACUAUUACUUGCAACCUUUUCAAAAAAAUCAUCAUGGUUUUUCUUACCAUGGUUCUGAUCAUACUCAUUGGUUUUAUGACCCUUCUUCUUAUAAUUCUGAAUUCUCUUUGAGUGAAGAAUCUCAAAUUAGUUUCAAGUCAAAAAAUGUUCAUGAUACUAACUCUAGUUGGUAUUCUCUUCCUUCUCAUGUUUCUCCUUCCCAACAAGAUACUUGCAUGUUUACUUUCUCCAACGAUGAUAAGCCUUCUUCAAACCAAAGUCAUAGUAAAGCUUUAGAUCUUCAACUAGGUCUUAAUUUGCAGUCAAAUACAAUAAGAAGCUCUUUGAAAAGGUCGUAGUUUGGUAUAGGAUCCAAAGUAAUAGUUUCAUUGUUUUCCUUGAUAUUGUUUGAUUAUGAACAAUUCUCAAACAUCAAGGAAAAGGAAAUUAGAAGAAAAAAUUUCACUAUUCAUUUGAGUUGGCUUGUCAUGACUUUGCCCCUACUGACCAAUGAUUGUUCAGACAUUAAUAUAUACAAUUCUUAAUUAUGGUGUAUUUAUUUUAUGGUAUAUAGCCAUUGGCAAUUAUAUACAAUGUUUUAUACAUUCAUAUUACAUUUA